AUGUCCGCCCCCGUAACAGCCAAUCAAGCCACCGCGCCUCCCAUCGACGUGAGCAACCUCUUCUCCGUCAAGGGUCUCGUCGCUCUCGUCACGGGCGGUGGUUCCGGAAUCGGCCUAAUGCUUACCCAAUCCCUCGCCUCCGCCGGCGCCAAAAGGAUUUACAUCGCUGGCCGCCGCCUCUCCGUCCUCCAAGAAGCCGCCGACCGCAUCAACAGCUCCCUCCCCACCACCUCUACCUCUCAGUCCCAACCCGUCGUCGUCCCUCUAGAAUGCGACGUAACCUCCCCCACCUCCCUCGCCUCUUUGGUCUCACAAAUCUCCGCAGACCCCUACACCGGCUACCUAAACCUGCUAGCCUGCAACGCCGGCGUCGGCGGUCCGCAAGUAUCAGCCGUCAACAAGGAAACCGGCGAACCGAAAACCCUCCAACAAUUCCGCGAGGAGAACUUGGCGGUGGAUUUCGACAAGGAGUGGGAGACGACGUUCAAGGUGAACGUGGGCAGUGUGUGGUAUACGGCUAUGGCUUGUUUGGAGCUUUUGGAAAAGGGAAACAAACUCGCUUCUGGGGAGGAAGCGGGCAAGCCAGGGGGGCAUGAAGGGAAGAAGGAAGGGGGUGGUGUUUGGAGGGAAAGCUCAAGUCAGAUUGUGGUUACCAGUUCCAUUGCGGCUUUUAAUAAGGCUGCUCCUGGGGGGUGGGCUUAUGGAGCGUCCAAGGCGGCGGCUACGCAUGUCGGGAAGCAGUUGGCUGUGUUGUUGCCCAGGUGGGGGAUUCGCUGCAACGUACUAUGCCCCGGCCUCUUCCCCUCGGAAAUGGCCGCUCCCAUCGUCCAAGCCGCCGGCGGCUCCAUGACCGGCGGAGGCGUGAUUCCUCUCGACAAGAAGACCGUGCCUCUCGGCCGGAUGGGCGACGAAUUCGACAUGGCCGGCCAGAUCUUGUACCUGGCUUCGCGGGCCGGAGCGUACUUGAACGGAAACGUCAUUGUCGUUGAUGGUGGACGGCUGACUACGUUUCCUAGCACUGGGUACUAA